ACCAGCCGCGGCUGUUUAGGGAAGGCGCGUGCGGGGUAAACUACUGCCGGAAUGAGGAGAGCGGAGCCGGGCCACUAACCGAUGUAAUCGUGCAGGCUCAUCACAAGUGAACCUUGGCCCUCCGGCAGGGCACUAACAGCUGGCAGCAGUAGUCAGACAUCCCCGACACCACAUUGAUCGGCUCUGCAUCCUGGAGCAGCCGCUUUAUGGUCAGGGUUGGAAGUGAGUCAGUUUGCACAGUCCGGAUUUGACCCCUCUCCGUCUCUCUCUCUCUUUUAUCGCAUAUGAAUGCGACGAGGAACAUGAGCGCUUUGGCGUUUGCUCGGCGUCUCUUCGGCAGAGAGACCUUCAGCACUCAGCCGUUCAGCCGGCUGGCAGGAGUGGGAAUCCGGAGCGAUUUGCAGCUGGAGAGAAAGAGCAGCAGCGGCCCAGGGCCAAAUCUCCACCACCAGCCUCACAUCAAGAAGCGGGGCUAUGAGAUCACUCGCAACCCCCACCUCAACAAGGGUAUGGCAUUUACUCUUGAAGAACGACUACAACUUGGAAUUCAUGGUCUGCUCCCACCAUGUUUUUUAACCCAAGAUGUUCAGGUUCUCCGUGUCCUUAAAAGCUACGAGACCAAGACCAAUGAUCUUGACAAGUAUAUUAUCCUCAUGACUCUGCAGGAUCGAAAUGAAAAACUUUUCUAUAGAGUGCUUACUUCCAACAUUGAAAGAUUUAUGCCCAUCAUUUACACCCCUACUGUGGGCCUGGCAUGUCAGCAGUAUGGCCUGGCCUUCAGAAGGCCACGAGGAUUGUUCAUCACCAUUCAUGACAAAGGCCACAUUGCUACAAUGUUGAAAUCUUGGCCAGUAGAAGAUAUAAAGGCCAUUGUUGUUACUGAUGGUGAACGUAUCCUUGGACUUGGAGACCUUGGAAGCUACGGAAUGGGAAUUCCAGUGGGAAAACUAGCUCUCUACACAGCCUGCGGUGGAGUGAAUCCACAGCAUUGCCUCCCUGUGCUUCUCGAUGUUGGUACAGACAAUGAGACUCUCCUCAGUGACCCACUUUACAUUGGAUUGAAACAUAAAAGGGUUCGCGGGCAGGCGUAUGAUGAAUUGGUUGAUGAGUUCAUGCAAGCAGUCACAGACAGGUACGGAAUGAACUGUCUUAUUCAAUUUGAAGAUUUUGCAAACUCCAAUGCUUUUCGCCUUCUUAACAAAUACCGCAACAAAUAUCUCACUUUUAAUGAUGACAUCCAAGGAACAGCAUCUGUGGCUGUAGCUGGUAUACUUGCUGCAUUGCGAAUCACCAAGGACAGACUUCAUAAUCAAAAGUUUGUCUUCCAAGGAGCUGGGGAGGCUGCCAUGGGAAUUGCACAUCUCCUCAUCAUAGCUAUGGAGAAAGCUGGAAUACCGAAAGAAGAAGCUGUAAAAAAGAUUUGGAUGGUGGACUCCAAGGGCCUUAUAACUAAGGGAAGAACCCACUUGACCAACGAAAAGCAGGUGUUUGCUCAGGAUCAUCAGCCAAUAAGUAGCCUGGAAGAAGUUGUUCACAAAAUUAAACCAACAGCUUUAAUUGGUGUAGCAGCUAUUGGGGGAGCAUUUACAGAGCAAAUAUUAAAGGAAAUGGCUUCGUUUAAUAAACAUCCAAUUAUCUUUGCUUUGAGUAAUCCUACCAGCAAAUCAGAGUGCACAGCAGAGGAGUGUUAUCGUCUGACAGAAGGCCGUGGAAUAUUUGCCAGUGGCAGUCCAUUUGACCCUGUAACCCUGCCUGAUGGUCGUACCUUUUUCCCAGGCCAGGGUAAUAAUGCCUACAUUUUCCCUGGUGUUGCACUUGGAGUUAUCACAUGUGGAGCGAGGCACAUGGAUGAUGACAUAUUCCUGAUUUCCGCUGAGGUUCUUGCUGAACUAGUAACAGAGAAGGAUCUUGCAGAAGGACGUCUGUACCCACCGCUCAGCACCAUCAGAGAUGUUUCAUUCAAGAUUGCCACAAGGAUCGUGGACUAUGCAUAUAAACAUAAUCUUGCUGCCUGGUACCCUGAACCUGAGGACAAAGAAGCAUUUGUUCGCGCUCAAAUCUACAGCCCUGAUUAUGAUUCCUUUGUAUUAGAUAACUACAAAUGGCCAAAAGACGCCAUGGAAAUCCAAAAAGUUUAGUUUUCCGUGCCACUUAAAUCACGACCUAGAAUAGGUUAUCAAAGCCAGAUAACCUUAAUUGCAAACAAACCACCAAAAUAUCUUCAGUAAUAAUCUUGUAGAAGUUCAUGUCAGUUUUUGAAUUCUUUUAAAUUUCUGUUUUAUUCAUACAGAAAUUAUUGAUAUUUCAUGAUUGUAUUGUUAUUUCCUCCUUUUACAUGCCAUUUGAACAAUUUAAAUAUAUAUACCAUUUCUGCACUUCGUUAUAACUAUGACACCAAAAGACAGGCUCUGGGUUGAUAUUCACUGAACUGUCUGAUCUUAAAUGAGACUUAUAGGUAUGGUAUCAUCAGCAUUUUUCACAAUAGUUAAGUUGCUUUUCUAAACAUGGCCACCAUUUUGAUUCUAGAAUCAUGUGUAUGAUGCCACUGUUUUAGCCUGAAUUCUUACUUUUCUCACAUACUGUCCUGACUUUGGAAUAAAGGAGUCUAAUUUAGCAAUGUAAAGAGCGCAUGGGAUGACGUUCCCUCGGAAUUUAAGCUAAAACUGCGUCCAUAUUUACACAACUUUGAAAAUGCCCAGAAAAUAAAAACUGGAGAAUGAAUAACAAAGUGAAUUAUCCACUAAAGCAUUAUCUUUUCAUCUCUAGAGGUUGUAUUGAAUCGAGACCAGAGUGAUUGACCUAAAGACAUCUAUUUGAGAUAGAUUAAACCUUUCCAAAUUAAACAAGUUGGUGGUGGCAUUUGAAUUAAUAAUAUGCCAUAUCCCACAAGAAUGCCUUCAGUGUAAAUUAUGAAUUGCUAGGGUGCAGCAGAAAACCUUUUCUGAAAUUGGAUGCAAGACAUAGUUGAAUGCUGUUUCAUUAACUAAAAUUAGAUAUAUUAUAUAUCCUACUAUUUCCAAACUCAGAGAUUCUGCAUCAAAGAUUUAUAAAAUAAACAAUCCAAUGUUGUUUUUAGCCACUUAUCAUAUACAAAAGCUACUUCGCUUAUUAUUGUUCAGAUGUCCUGGAAUCAUCUGAUCUGUCAAUUGUGAAUAUCUGCUGAAAACAUCAGGAAUCUGAGAUUUUUUUUAUUUUGAAUAUUUGUUGCUAAAAUAUUUUAUAUGUUCCCCUGCAUGAUGAAUUUAUUUCAUUUGUUUUUCUGAAGCUUAAGACAGCAGGUAUUUCAAACAUUUCUGUUGUGUUUCAAUGUCAUUGUACUAAUUGUACAAAGAACAUAAACCAAGAAUCCUGUAAAAGUGUAUGUUGUAGGAGAACAAAAUGUUGAAUAAAUCGUGGUCUGUAAAUCA